ACCCCCAUGUACUUCUUCCUCUCCAACCUGUCCUUGACUGACAUCUGCUUCAUCUCCACCACAGUCCCAAAGAUGAUUGUGGACAUCCAAACUCACAGCAGAGCCAUCUCUUAUGUGGGCUGCCUGACUCAGAUGUCUCUUUUUACCAUUUUUGCAUGUAUGGAUUAUAUGCUCCUAUCUGUGAUGGCCUAUGAUCAUUUUGUGGCCAUUUGUCAUCCCCUGCAUUAUCUGGUCAUGAUGAACCCUCGCCUCUGUGGCUUCUUAACUUUGUUGUCAUUUCUGUUCAGCCUUUUGGAAUGCCAACUGCACAUUUUAAUGAUGUUACAAAUCACCAACUUCAAGGACAUGGAAAUCGCUAGUUUCUUCUGUGACCCUUCUGAGCUUCUCAAACUCUCCUGUUCCAACACCUUCUAUAAUAACUUGGUCAAGUAUUUUCUUGGAGCAGUAUAUGGCCUUUUCCCCAUCUCAGGGAUCCUUUUCUCCUACUAUAAAAUUGUUUCCACCAUUCUGAGGAUCCCAUCCUCAGGGGGGAGGUACAAAUCCUUCUCCACCUGUGGGUCUCACCUGGCAGUUGUUGGCUUAUUUUUAGGAACAACUUUUGGAGUGUACCUUGGUUCAGCUGCAUCAUAUUCUCCCAGGAAGGGUGCAAUGGCCUCUGUGAUGUACACUGUGGUCACCCCCAUGCUCAACCCCUUCAUCUAUGGCCUGAGAAACAGAGACAUUAAAAGUGUCCUGAGGAGGUGGCAGAAACAGCAGAAAUGUCUAGUAUAG